ACCCAACUGCAUGCACUGCAAAGAAAUCAGAUGAAUGGUGCCAGGAUCGGCCAGGGGCUCGACAUAUGAUAACGUCCGUCUGCAUUUCCCGUGUACUAUUGCAUGGUUUGUGGCAACCUUUUUGUUCCUCAUAUAUAUUCUGAGUUAUCGUCACAUUGCAAUGCAACAUUCGCAAGCACGGCACGAUGCGCUGCAGGAUAACCGUACAUGCUAGUAAUAUUAUAAUAAUGAUUAUAAUAAUUAUUAUGGAACAACUGUGUGAGAAUGAAGACCACGGCAUGGCUGUAGGACUGGUCCUUUGUGUCGCUGCGUAAAAUCAUUCGCCUCGUGAUCUGGUCGGCCGACACCGUCGCGUCAUAGCUAGCUAGACAUACUCACAUAGGCUGAAUUUUUCGUAGCCUAAAAAUUAUUACAAAAAUCACAGUAAAAAAAACAGCAACAAGAUCUGGAUGUGCGUACAUGUACGAGUAGAUCUACGAGAAACGAAAGCAGUUUAUCGUUCUCCGGUCUCAGAGAAGCCAAAUGCAGGCUAGCAGUGCUACAGUCGUGGAGUAGUCGCGUCAGGAUUGUUGGCGUGUCGAUAGGCUCAUGGAUGUCCCAACUCUGCAGUAGCGUGAAAGGAAAUGUGUCGAUACAUCGGCAUGAUCUAGGAUAGCCGCUCCGGACGGUGUGGGCCGCAGCCACCGAAUCAAUCGCCGUUGAAUUCACGAAGCGACCAAAAUAUGGAGCCAUGGCAGGACCGCUGGAUAGAGCGCUACCGACCGAGAAUCCUGGCUGCUGCCGAGGAGAGUGGUGCGUACAUGCCCGAGGCCAUAGCGGAGUAUCUCAACGAGUGCGGCUUCAUCGGCGAUGCGCAGCAAGAGUCGUACGACGUGAUCAUGACGUCCGAUUCAUCCGCGCGGCAGAAAUGCGAGCAGCUGUUCGAGCUGUUGGCGCGCAUCGACGAGGUGGGAGCGUUCGAUGACUUCCAGGAUGCACUGCGGCAAAACCAUGAGACGUCUAUUCUGGCCGUGACGGAGAGCCAGAAGGAUCUGCUGCGAUUGGCCGAGACGGAGUCGCUGGGCGAAUCCACGUCGGAACUGGCGACGAUCACGGACGAGAAGCGCGUGCCGGACUGCGUGCUGCGAGCGUCGGAGAGUCUGCGGCAUUCGUACGUGAAGCGCCGAUUGCGUGUUGGUGCGCAGCGAGGCGGUGGCGGUGGUGGCGGGGGAAAAUUGGACGACACGUACGUUGACGUGACGAUAAUCACCGACGAGGACCUAGCCGAGAUGUUCCACCAUAACCGUUCGCCGAGUGUCGUCGCGUCCAGGAGCAGUCGCCUGAAGACGCAGGUGCUGCCGAAAAGCGUCCCCAGCUCGCGAUCCAGUACACCUCCAUUGUCUCGGCACAACACCGGUCUGGACCACGUGUUCAAGCACUUGACGGGGUCGCUGAAGAAAGUACGACUGGAGUUGCUGUUUACACCGACUGACGACGAGCUGGAGGAUGCAGAUGACUGGCCUCGCCGUGUGCUGGCCGUGGCAAGCGCUGGCUGCGGCAAAACCGUCCUGUUCACGAUCAAGAUACCGCACGACUGGGCGAGUGGCGACCUCUGGGCGGCGCACUUCGAUCUGCUGUGCGUGGUACAGUUGAACGACGUCGCGGCACGCUCGGCUCACAACACCGAGGAGCUGCUGCAACUGGCCACUCUGGGCCUGACGGCGGCCGAGCAGGCAGAGCUGGCGCAGUACGUGCACGCGCACCCGGAGCGCGUCUGCCUGAUCCUGGACGGCUUGGACGAGUGCCACGUGUACGAGUGCAGUCUGUUCGUGCAGCAGGUCAUCUACGAUCAGUGCCCGUGUCUGGCCGGCAUGCGGGUGAUCAUCACGUCGCGACCGUGCAUCGCCACCAGCGUGCUUACGCAGCGAGCGCGGGUCGAUCGCCGUCUGGAGAUCAUCGGCUUCACUCACAGCAGCGUGUACGACUUUGUCCGCAAGUACCUGACGGGCGAGGCCGCCGAUGGAAUGCUCAGGGAGCUGAAGGUACGACCGGAUAUCGUCAGCGUCAUGUCGGUGCCGUUCUUCGCCCGCCUGACCUGCGACAUGUACCAGCAGACGGCGUCGCUGCCGCAGUGCACCACCGAGAUCUUUGAAACGGUCACGCUGAGCAUCCUGCGUUCGUCGGCGUCCGCCGAGCAGUCUGCGUUCGCCACGCUGGAGCAGGUUCCCGGCGAGCUGAGGGACGCGCUGGACAGCCUGUGCGCGUUCGCGUACAAGAUGCUGCGACGUCGCGUCACCGUGUUCGGCCAGAACGAGCUGCAGGCGGCCGGAGUGAGCGAGGUGGGAAUCACGCUAGGCUUCCUUGUGCAGUCCGAUGCCAUUAAUGCGCUGGGCUUUGCGCAGUUCCGCUUCAGCCACCUGACGCUGCAGGAGUUCCUGGCUGCGCUGCACAUUCGCUCCCGGCAGCUGAGUGCGUCCACCCUGUCAUCUCUGUUCCUGGAGGUGGGCACGUUCGACGGGCAGUACCACACGUUCUGGCACUUCGUCGCCGGCUUAUCGGAGCCGGAGAUCGCGGAGGCACUGGCCGAGUCCGCUCUGUUCUACCACGUGCCCGCUCACAACACGUCAUCGGACAACCCACUGUACAGCACACAGCUCAGCCGAAUGCAAAGGUCGUCAUCCCUGUCCCGCGCCAGUCCGUUGAGUGUGAACACGAUACGGCGGUCAAUGCGCAGACCUGCUCGUUCCGGCACUCUUCCACCAGUACAGCACGACUCACCGGAGCCUCGGCGACGCCGGCGCUCCAAUUCUCUGAGCCACAGCCUGCGGCAGAGUUUCUCCAAGGCGUUCAAGUCGUUCCGCCGUCCGCGCAUUCACUUCCACGACAACGACAUCACGUUGCCGAGGAAACAGCACGACGAGACGCUGGUGACGAAGCGCAGCCGCACGGAUCCGUCUCUCUCCUUACAGCUACUCAUCUACAGCUGCUUUCACGAGAACCGGAAAAUGCAGGAGCGGCAACACUCAUCUGCCAAUGGGGCAGCCGGGAAGCAGUGUGACAUUGGGGCAGCGGGUGAGUAUCAUGACAGGGUGCUGGCGCCGUGGAAGGCGCUGGAGCAGAGCAUGCUGCACCACGGCAUCUCGUUCACCAACCAGAACCUGCAGCUGAGCGAGACGCGCGUCCUGGGCACGGUGCUCCUCCACCACUCGCAGUCUAUCCGCAGAGUUACGCUGUCGUCGUGCGGCAUCGAGGACCACGGCCUCUGCCAGCUGUUGCCCGGGCUGACACACUGCGCACAGCUGGCCGAACUUCACCUGGCCGAUAACUCUCUAUCGGCACAGGAUAUGCACUCGCUGGGUAGCGUCCUGGCCGCCACGGCCAACUCGAUGGAGUCGUUUGACGUGUCGCUGAACCCUAUCGGUGACGGUGGUAUGCGAGAGCUGCUGACCCUGGGCUUGCACGCGUGUCGUACCUUGCAGCAUCUUUACCUGCACAAGACUGGCAUAACGGGGCAAGACAGCAGCAGCAGCAGCAGCGAUGGCGACGGUGGUGGUGGUAGCAGCGCAGGUGGAGGUGGUUGCUGCCAAGCGCUCAAUACCGUCCUGCUCCGCUUCACCUGUCUGCGCUCGCUCUGGCUCGACGGCAAUAGGCUGGGCGACGCCGGACUGGCUGCCCUGGCAACAGGUCUUCAGCGUUGCUCACGUCUAUCCGUCUUACACCUGGGCAGUACAGGCCUGACUGCGGAGUGCUUUGCCACUCUGAACUGCAUCCUGCCGGAGCAAGGCGAGCUCAAGGAACUCUACCUGAAUGGGAACGACUUCACGACGGUCGAAGGCGAGGACGCCGUUAGCGACAGCGUGGAGAGUUUGUACGCCAACCUGACUCAGGUGUCGAGUGAGUAUCGGAACUGGCGUGCGCUCGUCCUGCCGAAGGGUUCCCCGACGUGGCUGCACUCACAGCUGGCCACGUUUCAGAGUAAACACCCAAAGCACUUACCCAUCUUGCAGUGCGCUUAGGUUAGCCAUGCAGCCCUGUACCACCAGCCUCUCCACAGGCACUCUACUGGUCGCGCAGUGUGUGUAGGUCAGCCAUGCAGCCCUGUACCACCAGCCUCUCCACAGGCACUCUACUGGCCGCGCAGUGUGUGUAGGUCAGCCAUACAGCCCUGUACCACCAGCCUCUCCACAGGCACUCUACUGGUCGUGCAGUGUGUGUAGGUCAGCCAUGCAGCCCUGUACCACCGGCCUCUCCACAGGCACUCUACUGGUCGUGCAGUGUGUGUAGGUCAGCCAUGCAGCCCUGUACCACCGGCCUCUCCACAGGCACUCUACUGGUCGUGCAGUGUGUGUAGGUCAGCCAUGCAGCCCUGUACCACCAGCCUCUCCACGGCCACAGGCACUCUACUGGUCGUGCAGUGCAGGCCAUGCAGGCUGUUAUACCGCCGGCCUCUCCGCAAGAACUCUCCUGGACACACUGUACACGUAGCGGGUCAGCCCAGCAUGUAGCCCUAAACCACCAGCCUGUUCACAGUAAGUUACAGGCACUCCACUGGCCACACAGUGUGUCUCAGUCAGCCAGCCCUACCCCGCAGGCACCCCACUAGCUGCACAGUGUAUGUCAGUCAGUCAGCCCUACCCCCGGACAUUCCACUAGCCACAAACAGUAUGUCACCCCUACCCUACAUGCAGUGUAUCUCAGUCAGUCAGCCCUACCCCCCCCCCCCCCCCCCCCCCCCCCCGGGCAUUCCACUAGCCACAAACAGUGUGUCUCAGUCAGCCCUACCCUACAUGCAGUGUGUCUCAGUCAGCCAGCCCUACCCCACUGAGGCAUUCCACUGACCACACACACAUAACAGUGUGUCUGCAACGAGACACGAAGCGUUCCCUCUACUGGCCAGCGAUUCACAGUUGAAACAAUACUACUUGAGCUGCGUUAUCAUCAGUUGCAAUGCCACUCUGUUGAUUUCUAUGUCUUCACGUCGCAUGCUUGAGACGAUCUCAUCAUGCACUCAGUAAUUUGAUCCUCGUGCUUUGCCACACACAGACAGCCUUUUUUUGCGCAAUUUAUUUGACCUGACAUGCAUGCAUGCUUGCCUUUCGUGGUGGGCAAGAAGAGAAUAACGAUACUAUUUUUUCUUAUACGAUGCACACAUAGAAAUGAAUUAAUAAUUCAUUGUGUUGACUGAUGUUGUUUAGUGGCUAUUAAAAUGGACUAUUUUUGUUCAGCGGA